AUGGAUUCCCCCGCCAUCUUCACCCCACUUGAUCCGAGGGAACAGCCGAUCCUCGAAGCAGUACUUCGGAUUCGUGAUGCUCUUCUACUUCUGAAACAAGACAAGUCUUCUUAUAUUAGAUCCCGUGAUGUUCUCCCGCUGUAUGAAGAGGUGAUCGCGGAAGUAGAGAAGCUCAAUGCGAUCCGGAAGGAACAAGACCGUCGUCUGGCACAUACCCGAUUGGACUACAUCUUGGCCGACUGUUUCCAAUUGAUCUCGUUGCUCUUUUUGACGGUUGGCCGGAACAAUGAAGCCCCCGCCGUUUAUUCACUCGCAGCCACAGUUCAGCGGCUUCUCGACCACCUAGAAGAGGCCGGUUUUUAUAGUGCCAAAGAUCUCAGCUCGAUCACCAAGACCCUUGUCGAUAUGCGUGUAACCCUAGACCGUGGCCGCAAUACCCAUUCUCCGGCGUUACUCACACUCCUGGAGAGCCGUUUGGAUAAGUGCCAGCUCAAACUAGAGAAGUUACAGAGUUACCUCACCCGCUUGAGCCCUGAACUUGCAUCCACACACGAAACACUGGUAUCGAUUCUUCGGUCCACCUCGGCCGUCAAUACUCGUUCAAAGUUCUCCGCCGCGGAGGUCAACGGACUUCGGAAUCAAUUGAAGAAAAUUGAAGGCACGAUGAAGGAUGACAACUUUGUUGACGCUAAUGGGACGCCGCUUGCCGGUCAGGAUGACGUGAAAUCGUUGAAGCACCGAUGCUGGCGAUGGACUGACCUAGUUUUGGAACGGGAGGGUAAAAUCGACGAGAGAUUCCAGGAACAAUAUGAGCGAUUGUUAGACAUUCGCAACCAACUAGAUCGUCUCUCAGUGACGCAAGCAUGGUCACUUCGCGAGACAGACUUAUUUGGAUACCAGCGCCAGCUCGAUCGGAUUGAUGAGGCUCGCGUUAAUGGCAAUUUCGUCGAUGCUGAAGGAAAACCCGCCGAUCUUCAUGCCCAAAGGACUCUCUUAUACUUGAUUCGUAGGAGUUAUGCAUAUAUUUAUGCUCUUCUCAUUUCUUCGGAGCCCGUUUCAGAGGCACUCUUGCCAGUAUAUAACCAGCUGCAAACACUUCGACGCUGUCUAUUAGAAGUAAAAGAGUCUGGCGGUGUGUCCAACGCACGCGAACUCUACCCAUAUAGCAUGAAGCUCAACUCGAUUGACAAUAUGCGAGUAGACGGAAAGUUCUAUGUUGGCAACGACAUCCCUGAAGGACAAGGCGGAGUAAAUUCUUUGCUGGCGGAAUGCUAUGAUAUGGUCUGGGAGCUGCGGGCGGCGGUAGCAGACGACAAGGAGUAAGGGGCGCUCUGUCGUGUCGAUCCUUUUAUUCCCUUUUCUCUCUUUUUUCUCUUCGCCCAUGUAUGAAUCAAUUGGGAAUGGGAGGCUUGCAGUAGGUUUGAAUUUUUUUUCUCUUUCUUUCUUUCUUUCUUUCUUUUCUUUUCUCUUCUAUGAGGGCGUUGAAAUGGGUGCAAC